ACAUGUUGAGGUGAAAGUGCACGGCUGCCAUUUUUUCCCCCGUAGAAAUCUCCCAGAGUAGUUGGACGAGCGAAGACGAAGUGUGAGUUUCUCAGUGACUUUUGAACAGCGUGCUUGAGCCUGUGGACCCGCGGAGGACUCGCGGUGGAUGUGCUUUUACAGAAGCUCCGUCUCUCUGACCUCGGCUCGAAGCGCAGCCUCUACACGGGUCUGCAGAUGGCUGCUUAGCUCGGCGGGCUAACGUUAGCUGCGGCUGUAAACAAACACCAGAGACGGAGGAGACACUGCUGCCGCUAAAGCGCCGCACAGUCCGCAUCCCUGGUGCUAAAGUCCAGCCCGGGACAGAGCCAACACCGGGGGAGAGGAGCGGGCGGCAGGAGCCGGUUCAAAUGCGGCAUGCACGGAUGUUUUCCACACUACUUCAGUUUUGAUGACGGUGCGAGUUUCUCCUAAGCAGCUCGGAGCUCAGUGACUUCAGAGCGGGUCCGGGGGAAACACUUGAGGCACUAACACACUCCUGCACGGCGGCAUGUCGUCCUUCUCCGAGUCGGCCCUGGAGAAGAAGCUGACGGAGCUGAGCAGCUCGCAGCAGAGCGUCCAGACUCUGUCUCUGUGGAUCAUCCACCACCGCAAACACUCAGCCCUCAUCGUCAAAGUGUGGCACAGAGAGCUGAAGAAAGCUAAAAGUUCCAGGAAGCUGACUUUCCUGUAUCUGGCCAACGAUGUCAUCCAGAACAGCAAGAAAAAAGGACCAGAAUUCGCCAAAGACUAUGAGACCGUCCUCGUCGAUGCCUGCUCCCAUGUUGCCAGUGAAGCAGAUGUCGGCUGUAAAAAGCACAUGGAGCGACUGCUGAAUAUCUGGAAGGAGAGAGCCCUGUACAGAGCCGACUUCAUUCAGCAGCUCAAACUGGCCAUAGAAGACUCAAACAGCCCCAGGCCUUCAGAGGAGCAGAAGAAGCCUGUGAAAAGAAGCUACCAAAAGAUCCAUGAAGAAGAAGAUGACGAGGAUGACGACUACAGAAGCCACAACUCUCCCAGAAGCACAGAUGCCUCCGCAACUCUGCUGACAGAGGAGCUGGUGAAGGCCCUGCAGGACUUAGAGAAUGCUGCAUCAGGCGACGCAGCUGUUCGUCAGAAGAUCGCCUCGCUGCCACAGGAAGUCCAGGAUGUUUCACUGCUGGAGAAGAUCACUGACAAGGAGGCAGCAGACAAGCUGUCGAAGACGGUGGACGAAGCCUGUUUGCUACUGGCUGAGUACAACGGCCGACUGGCUGCAGAGCUAGAGGACCGCAGGCAGCUGGCACGCAUGCUGGCCGAAUACAUCGGCAGCCAGAAGGAGGCGCUCAUGGAGAGAGAGAAGAAACUAGAGGAAUACAAGCAGAAACUGGCGAGAGUGACCCAGGUGAGGAAAGAGCUUAAGUCCCACAUCCAGAGUCUCCCCGACCUCUCUCUCCUGCCCAAUGUGACUGGGGGUCUGGCCCCGCUCCCCUCGGCUGGAGACCUCUUCUCCACCGACUGAGGGGUCUUUGCCCAGAAGAACUACCCCCCCAAUGCUCCUCCCCACCUAAACCCAGCCCCAUGAUUGAUUCACAAAAAUACUGCAGCUAUGUCUCCCACCAGAGGACACAUGGUCACACCUCUCUCCGCAGAGUAGUCAGCCCACCUGCAUGACAAGAGGGAGAGAGGGACACAAGAGGGAAGGUUUGGUGAAAUCAAAAUGCUCUGCAGAGGAGAACAGAGACUCUGUCAUUCUUGAUUUUUCCCUUUCUUGCUCAACCAACAAGGAUUCCACCCCACCAGCUCGGAACAAGAUUGUUUCCUGUUUGUUUUUAUUUUUUUAAUGCUGGAGAUGUCACUGUUCUUGGAGGAGUGGAGGAGUAAAGAAGCAAAUCUUUCACAGACAUUAAUAUUGGUUUUCAGGGCGUGUCGAUCUGUGUCUUUCUGUGUGCUACAUUUGUAUUGAGUGAGCGAAGGUGGGCCAUUUGCUCUCCAGUUCUCAGAGUUUGUGACUACACUGUGAAUAGGAUGCAUCAUUAGUUUUAUUUUUUUGGGCUUUCAGUUAAUGGCUUUUUAUUGACACAUAGUCUGAUAGAUGGUUUGGAUGCGUAUGUACAAUUAGAGGAGAUACCAGAUUGGGUUCAGUGUAUGUUGGAUUUUGGAUAUUUCAUAAAUAGUCGUCAUUGACGGUUGCUGCAAAACCCACUUGUAUUAAUAACACCAUAUAGUCUGUGAUGAAAAAGGAUUUGUGGGACAGUCUUAUCAUCCUGACAAUAGAAGCUUUGGUUGUUUUGUCUUUCCUCAUUUAAAGACUAAAACUGCAAAUUCAAAGAACCCACUUGUUAUCACACUCUUUUUGGACAGAUGCGUGAGAAGGCUAAUUGUGUUCAUGUGUACUAGACAAGCUUUGAGUUUUGGGAAACAAAUUGUCGAAGUUUGAGGAAACAAUUCAGUUUGCUUUCUAAGAAACAUUGUUGGUUUUUUGUUUUUAUGUAAGCGUUUAUGAAAUGCUAAAAUUAAAAAAAAUAUCGGUAUCAUCUGAAAGAAAAACUAAAGAAAGGUGUCAAAUCAUGAGUUUUAGUGUGUGUUGGGUGGGAAAUAGGGAAAGAAAGAUCAAGAUAACUAGGUCAGAACAGGAAAAUUCAAAAAAACUAAACGAGUUACAUUCGAUUAUGUGAAAUUAACUUGAACCUUCAGCUUCAUACUCCAGUUUUUCAGAAAAUGAAAUUGCCACAAUAUGGUAAAAAUAUAAAGAAUAACUGAUUCAUAUUUCUUUGCCCCACCUGUGUAAAGAUGAAAUAUUUUACUAAAAAAUUAGCAGCCUCAGACUUCAGUCUUUUCUGAAAAUUUACAAACCACUGUAUAAACCCCUUAAUUUAUAUAUUAAGGUCAGGGAAGGAGACUUAUUCCCAAAGUAAUGUUCGGUACAGCAGGAUUUUCUGAACUGUGUCAAACCCAAAACUUUAGUUAUCAUUUGUUCAUCAUCUCGUAUCUGAUUUUCAGUUGUCUGUAUGCAGAAAGAAAGAAUCCUUUAUGGAGAAGUUUUGUGGUAGAACGUGAUGAGAUGUUUACCAAGACAAAGUCCUCAUUUUGUAAAGCUUUCAGGAGCCAUUCGCACCUUCUGCUGCUGCCGACAUGAGUGUUUUCUAAAGUUAAAGGCGUUUACAAAAACUAACUCACCUGCUGAUGCAACAAGCGUGGGGCGAGAAAUGCUGUUACAAAUCUUUUUCAGUCAACUUCCUGAUCGAUAUUUGAUACAACAUUUACAUCUUAAAUAACACAGCUAUUAAAGAUAAGAAGAAGAAGGGUUCUGUUUGCCAGGAAAGACUUCAGCAACAUUUUGACCCACUGUGCUUUACUGUUUAUGAGUCAGGUCUUUUCUUACUUUCUUGCUGCGUGAUAUCUGCAGCAUCGCACUGUACCACCAGGACUUUGCCCGUUAGUUUUCUGUAAUGAAAGUAAUUCGGUGGAUGCCAAUAAACUGGAACCAUUUGAACAAUUA